AUGCCCAACAGUGAGGAUAGCCUGGAUGAGGCCAAUAUUCAAGCCAUCUACCCACCAUAUCCACUGCCCCUGUCUGUUGCACAGGCCACUCAGAUUGAAGGCAAAGACGAGCAUGGUUGGGAAGUUGAGGGUGGACUGACUACGGAAAAGCGGAAGCUAGACGACGAACUAGAAGAUUUAGCUAGUAAAAUACUGAACAAAUAA